GACAGGCCAGGAAAUUGAACUGAAGUUGCUUUUUACCAUUCUCCUGGAGAAGAGUCUGGUUCCGUCUUUACUUUUUAAAUGGGUGCAUGACACAUUUUUGUUGCCUUCUUCCAAAAAGAAGAUAUUGAACUAAAUUGCUCUUUCCAGGUGAUUUUUAGGAGGGAAAAUCAAGGCCCACUGGUAAAAGCAAAUCCAAGGAAAACCUUCUCCAUCUGUGGGGCAGCCUCACUCCGAAUGCACCAGUGUGACUCAGCUCCCCUACUUUGUGGCUGCUUCCCUCGUCCUGAGGGUUUCUCUGAUUAUCAGCACCUCUAGCUCUCAGCUAACUAAGCACGACAGGCCCAGUUCUCUCCAACGCUUGAAAAUGAGCUUUCCUUGGUUAAGCCAAAAGUGAAAGUGGAGAGAAUGGAGGGUAGCUAAGGGGAUUAAAGAUUAGCCAGGACACGUGCUUCGGAAAUUGCCCUUUGACCGAGCAGCAUAGAGAUAAAUAAGGCCAGGCAGCAGCUGGAGUGGUGGAAAGUGGGUGGACAUGUGAAGGAGGGAGGGCAAGGCGCUCUUCAGAGCGACAGACAAGCCAGUCCUGGAGAGUGUCCGUCACGCCCUGCAGGCCCCAUGGACGUCCUAUUCGGCAGGAACAAGAAAGAGCAGCUGGAGCCUGUGCAGGCCCAAGUGACAGGCAGGAUUCCUCCCUGGCUCCAGGGGACCCUGCUUCGCAAUGGGCCUGGGAUGCACACGGUGGGUGACAGCAGAUACAACCACUGGUUCGAUGGCCUGGCCCUGCUACACAGCUUCACCAUCAGGGACGGUGAGGUCUAUUACAGGAGCAAAUACCUGAAAAGCGACACUUACAACGCCAAUGUCGAGGCAAACAGGAUUGUGGUGUCAGAGUUUGGGACAAUGGCCUAUCCAGACCCCUGCAAAAACAUCUUCUCCAAAGCUUUCUCCUACCUGUCCCACACCAUCCCUGAUUUCACAGACAACUGCCUGAUCAACAUCAUGAGGUGUGGGGAAGACUUCUAUGCGACCACGGAGACCAAUUACAUGAGGAGGAUCAACCCUCAGACACUGGAGACCCUGGAGAAGGUGGAUUAUCGGAAAUAUGUGGCUAUAAAUCUGGCAACAGCACAUCCUCAUUAUGAUGAGGCUGGAAAUGUUCUCAAUAUGGGCACAUCCAUUGUGGACAAGGGGAGGACAAAAUACGUGAUAUUUAAGAUCCCUGCCACAGUGCCAGAGGCCAACAGGAAGGGGAAGAGCCCCCUGAAACACACAGAGGUGUUCUGCUCCAUCCCCUCCCGCUCGCUCCUCUCCCCCAGCUACUACCACAGCUUUGGGGUCACCCAGAACUAUGUGGUGUUUCUGGAGCAGCCCUUCAGGUUGGACAUUCUCAAGAUGGCGACCGCGUACAUGCGAGGAGUGAGCUGGGCAUCCUGCAUGGCUUUCCACAGGGAGGACAAGACUCACAUCCACAUCAUCGACCAGAGGACCAGAAAGCCGGUGCCCACCAGGUUCUACACAGAUGCCAUGGUGGUGUUUCAUCACGUCAACGCCUAUGAGGAAGGCGGCUGCAUUGUGUUUGACGUCAUCACCUACAAGGACAGCAGCCUCUAUGACCUCUUCUACCUGGCCAACCUAAACCAGGACUUCGAGGAGAACUCCAGGCUCACGUCGGUGCCCACCCUCAGGAGGUUCGCUGUGCCGCUCCACGUGGAUGGGAAUGCAGAAGUGGGCACAAAUCUAAUCAAAGUGGCAUCUACAACAGCAACUGCCCUGAAGGAAAGGGAUGACCAGGUGUACUGCCAGCCGGAAUUGCUGUUGGAAGGCUUGGAGCUCCCUCAGAUCAAUUACACUCACAACGGAAAGCCAUAUCGAUACGUCUUCGCUGCUGGAGUUCAGUGGAGUCCAAUCCCAACCCAGAUACUCAAGUAUGACACUCUCACUAAGUCAUCCCUGAGGUGGGGAGAGGAGAGCUGCUGGCCAGCAGAGCCCCUGUUUGUGCCUGCGCCAGGCGCCAAGGACGAGGAUGAUGGAGUUAUCUUAUCAGCCAUUGUCUCUACUGACCCCCAAAAGCUGCCUUUCCUGCUCAUCCUGGAUGCCAAGAGCUUCACAGAGCUGGCACGCGCCUCCCUUGCCGUGGAGAUGCACCUGGACCUCCAUGGGUUGUUCAUCCCCGAUGCAGAUGGGGCUGCAAGGAAUCAGGCCACUUCCGAGACAGAGCAGGCCCCGGCUUCAGGCUGCCAGGGGCCCCACAGGCCUGACGGGGCUGGUGGGCUUGGGCUCCCCUAGCGGGACACUCAGGACUAAGCUUGUCACCUGUCCCCAGGUGGAGGGUCCCCGAUUUCCUUCUUCUCUGUCCUCUGUGUGGGUGCUGUGUAGGAGCAUGGAGACAGCUCAUCCGCACCUCUUUCUCCAUUUCACUGUAGCCAUAGAGCUGAGCAUGGUGGCACAUGACUAUAACCUCACCGCACGAGAGGCUGAGGCAGGAGGAUUGCUACAAGUUGGAGACCAGCCUGGGCUACAUAGUGAGUUCAGUUCCAGCCUUAACUACAUAGCAAGACCCCGUCUCAAAGAACUAAAAUCCAAAACAAAACAAAAUGCCAUAUAAACCUUGUUUGAAAGUCAAAUGUGUAUUGUUUAGUUCUAACACUUCUAAGAGAGCCUUUUUUGUGUGUGCCUGGGAUCAAACUCAGGCCCCUGCGCUUUCGAGGCAGGCGGCGGAACCACUGAGCUAAACCCUAGACCCUACCUUUUUUCUUUAUUAUAAAGACCUUGAUUGUGAAUCAAAGUGUAUUCAAUCACAUUCUUGGAAGAAGUACCACAAUAUGCUGGAGAAAAGAUGACACCUAUUUACCACUGCUCCCUCCCUCUCCCCUCUCUCCUCCUCUCUCGCCCUCCUUUCUGAAGGACCCAGUCUUGGUGCGGAGGUCCAGCUUCCUCAGCCGUGCCCUGUUAGCAAGCUCUGUGGCUGCUUUGCGGCCACUGCAUGCAAGACGUGGCGUAAUAGGAAAGAAUAAAAACUUUACAGUGUG